AGGUUCCUGCUUCCCCUCGCUCGGUUUAUCUGCGGCCACGCGUUGCGGGUUUCGAGCCUAGCCUUUUUCCAGUCCCUGCGAUCUCCGGUGGGGGCGAGCGGGGCCUGGUGGUUCUCUGCCUAGGAGCACGAUGCCUCAAAAAAUUUACUUUUGAGAAGAUGCGGAGAGGUUUCCAUUCCCCCAUUUUUUUUUUCUGAUACGGCCGACAAGGUAAUCUCUGGGAAUUGAAGUCAUGUGUGGAUCUUCUCGCUAAUUUUGAUUAGAAAACCAGCGCAAUGCAUAACUAGAUGGCAACCCUAAUUAUACUCAGAGGUGUCAAGGCCUAUAACGUCGUGAUUCGUCAGGCACUUGGUUCUGCAGAAAGGGUUGUAGCACGUUUCCGAAUGAGAGUUUGUUUGGAACAGCUUGCUCAAAGUCAUGGCAUUUGGUCAGGGAGAGUGAUCAAAGUAGGUGCUAGCAUGGUCCUGUCCUUUUUGGUAGUAUCGUUGCUUCCUUGGAAAGCUUGUACCUCUGUUCUCAUAUAAUUUAGCAUGCGCUGCGCUGCAUUCAGAGGGGGAGAUUCAACCAAGGCAUGUAAUGCCACGACGCUGCCCCGCGGCUCAUAUUCCUGGAAGCUCAGCAAAUGAAUGCAUGAGAGGAACAUUCCAACUCAAAUAUCGUGACUAGAUGUUGUCGGUAUGAAUUCGUCAUGAACAUGUCAGUACAGUCUGCUCCAUCGAAUUCUUCAAACGGGUUGACUUACCUGCUAAUUGUGUGCCAAAUAGAGUAAGCAGUAUUCAGGAAUUUUGGUCAGUCAGAAGCUACAUUUACUAGUGAGUUUCAAAAUUGGCUUCUCUUUGAAGAGAUAAGUAAUAUUUGUGGAAGCCUACUCAUCUUUUUCAACCUUUUCAGAAAGUCCUUGUGCUAUGUGUAGUGGGAUGUGGUACUGAGGACGUCUUCAUUCAAAAUCAAAGUGGCUAAGAGAUCAAAAGUUUCAAGGCCUAAAUAUGUAGAGAUGAAGAGUCCUUCCCCUUAAUCAAUUGUUCCUUCUUGUCAAUCUACAUCAGUUGCAGCGUUUCUUAGCUGGAAGGUUGGUAAUCCAGGUUGUUAUUCAGUGAAUUUAGGCUGACGGGACAUGGCGAUACGCAACCCAUUCUCUUUAACAGUAUCCCAUAAAGGUAGUAUUCUUCAUAACAUGAGCAGUAAUCAUAUCCACAAAAGAUUCAGGAAGACCAAGUAUUGUCUUGUAAGAUGUUACACUGCACCGCGGUUUUGACUGUUAGUAAUGCUCAAGCAUGAGACUGUCAAUUUAUAGUUGCUUCUGUGCGUCUUCUCUGUCAUUGGCCAGAGCUGUCCAGCUCGAUCAUUGGUGAGUCGCAAUCCUUACUUGAAAGUGAUAGGCUAAGACUUCCAAGUUGGGACUUAGAUAGUUUGAUUUAUCUGGUAAAAUUAGUUGAAAAAUUAAAACAUGGUAUAAUAUUUAUACAUUUAUAAGAUAAAUUUCACUUGUUUAUAUACCUUUUUUAUUUUACUGACUAGGCACAUUUAUGAGAUAAUAUCAUUUGAUCAUAUAAAUACAUUUUCACAAGUAAAUUAUCCAAGUUAAAUUAUUUCUAAUGUCUCUUCCCACGAGUCGUGAUGGAGAAAGUGCCAAUUCAAAUGGAAUAGCUCCAACAUGAUGUUUGUCAAAAUUCGAGAUCCUUUUAUUUUCGUCUAUUAAAGAGUAUUUUAAGUCCUUGAAGUACAUGGAAGGUUUGUUUCAAAAUAUACAAACUGCCCACCAAACGAUAUUCAGCCAGCAAGUGUGUUAGUGAAUUAAUCACUGUCGAUUGAUGAACUCCAGGGGGACAAUUAUGAAAGAAAGAAAUAAAAGUGUUCGAAGAAAGAAAGAACUAAUUCUUUUAAAAAAAUAAAAACGGAAGUCAUGAUUCACGCAGUUUUCUCCCUUCAGGUUUUCUCUAGGUCCAUGGAUUUCAGUGUCAGAGUGAGAAUUUAUAUGAUGCCAGAUCCUUGAGUACUACCUCUAAAGUUGUUUUGGAAGUUUUCAUAUUAUGUUUUGAUAACAAAGCAAUAGUGUUAUCAUGAUAGCAGUAUAACACCUAUUGUGUGAUCUGCAUUGGAUGUCUCCUAGAAAUGCACAUCACAAGUUAUAGCUUCUUGCGUACACAUUGGAAGGCAGGACGGAAUAGACCUGACAUAGGAAAACAUGAUUUUUAUUAUGCCAUUAGUAAUCUUCAAAAAGCAAAUUUCUGUUUACUGCUUUUACUUUUGGCACAGAAACACACAUCAGUACCUGGGCAUAAAAACAGUACACCGAGAGUAACAAUUUAACAGAUGCAAUUGUUGUGCUGAGGCCAUUUUCUUUUUCCUAGAUUUUUCCUCUUAUUUCAUCCAAAAUGUUUAUAUUUCUAGAUUCAAUGAGAUAAUUGUUUAUUCAACCAAAAUUAUGUCUCUUAUUGUUGCAGUAUACCUGAGAUAGUACACAGCGUUUUACCUAUUGGAUUGCAUUCAUCUAGAAAUAGUAAUCUGCUCAAGUUUCAUCAUUCUAUGCUAUGAUUGUCUAUAAGUAAUAAGAUGCUCAAGUUUUGGCGCACAUCCUUUAGGCUUUAGCAGAUUAAAGUUUCUAUGCAGAUUCAGUGAAGGCCGGAUCAAUGGCAUGUUCUGUUCUUAUGGAUGGGUUAGCAUUGUAUUCCGGAAGAUUGUUGCUAUUCUAUCAGCAGUUGCCAGCAUUAUGCUUUUAGACACAGCGUAAAUUAGCUCCCGUAGGCUGUAGUUGUGCAAAAUAUACUUCCAUUGCUGGCUAGCACAGUACAUGAAUAAUUCAUGGACAAGUUUGGCUAUUGAUUGAUAGGUGGUGCCCUUCUUAUAUUAGCAUGUAUCCCUGAAUUGACAUUACUUUUCUGGUUACAGAGCACAUUCAUUUCUCCCUCGUGUCGGCAGAUGUCUUGAAACCCACAGAUUUUUAAGCUGUCCUUUCCUGUCAUUUCUGAGUAAAAGUAACUGGUAGAUGGUCUUAUUUCCCCUUUUUUUACUGAAUAUGUUCUUUAGAGAUUGGUGGAUUAAGAAAGUCUAGUUCUUAUCCGUUCUUUGCAUCGAGUUACAGAAUAACUGUUUACUGACACAUGAUUCAGUUGUAUGUUGUUUUUUUAGCAAACAUGAACAUGCACUGCACGCUUUUGCAUUGAGGAGAAAAGAACUGAGAACUCUGCAGAGGCUAAGCUUACCUGGUCAGUUGUAUGGUGAUGCCUACCAGUCUUGGAGAGCUACAAGCCUAGGAUGCUGACUGCCUGAAUGUUCCAACUUUCUCAACACGUUUUGAUGCAACAUUAACAUCAUGGUGCUCAAUAACAUCAUAUUGGUUCAUAAUCCAUACAUCCAUAAACAUAUGGUAGGCAUGCAGCUUGCAGAGGACACAUGAAGGUCAGGUUGUUUCUCGUCCUCUCAUCUGCCAUGCUAUAGUGCACCAGAUGAUGAAAUGUUGUUGAAAUAUAGUUUCUUAAGAUGGCACGAGGUCGACACACAUAUAAAAGCUGCGGUUACACCAGGUGCUCUGCAGAUUCUAUACUCAGGAGAUGUCAUAGUUUUGGUUCUUGUGGCAUCAUUUGCAAUCAAAUUAUCGUUUUAGAACAGGAUAGCUAACUAGGGAAUUGAGCUAAUCUAUCUGCAAGUUGAGAAUUGUUCGUUUCAUUAUGCUAAUUAAUUAAGAUCAUACCAAGUUACCAAACCCUUGUACCAUAUUGAAUAUUGAAGUACAAGAAUCGACUUGGUCACCGAGCUUGACACAUUUUUGUUUGAGUGAGCAUUAUCAUCAACUAUAGUAGUUGUACUUCGUGAUGCUGCAGUACAUUCAGUAACUGCUUUUUUAACAAAAACUUAAACACAACACCGUUUAUCAUGGGUCAGACUGGACUCUUGCUUCCAGAUCACACUAAGUUAACCAAAUCACCAUCACUAUCUCCAUCAGUGAAUAGAAAAGCAUGAAAAUUGAAAAGGACAAGACAAUUUUUUCUAGUGAAAUUGCACGGAGCUAUACAUAUAUGCGGGCAGACAUCCAUUGCAGUUGCAACAGAGCUUUCAUGACCCUUUUGUCUGAUGCUUGUCUGCAGAGUUUGGUGGCUCGCAACAUGUAUAAAAUGCAAUAGAAGCUUAAUGACAGCCUUGUUAACUCAGUACUUAAUCUGGUGCCAGCUAAUAGUAAAUUGAUCGAUGGGGAGGCAGCCAUGCUGUGACAAGCAGGGGGUGAAGAGGGGGCCGUGGACAGCAGAGGAGGACAAGAAGCUCAUCAGCUUCAUCCUGACACACGGCCGAUGCUGCUGGCGAGCAGUGCCUAAACUGGCAGGGCUGCUGCGCUGCGGCAAGAGCUGCCGGUUGCGGUGGACUAACUACCUCCGCCCUGAUCUCAAGCGUGGCCUCCUCAGCACUGCCGAGGAGCAGCUCGUCAUUGAUCUCCAUGCCAAGCUCGGCAAUAGAUGGUCCAAGAUUGCCGCCAAGUUACCUGGGAGAACAGACAACGAGAUCAAGAACCACUGGAACACACACAUCAAGAAGAAGCUCAUCAAGAUGGGCAUCGACCCAGCCACGCACCAGCCUCUGGCCAACUCCAAGGCGGCUACUUCACAAUCCACGGAUACUGCCGAAUCAACAAAAUCCAGUGACACUAGAGACGAGCAGGGCGUGAAGGAAGGUAGCCGUAGGGACAUGGCACUGCACACUGACUCGUCGGAGCAGUCCAGCUGGCUUGAGUCAGGAAACAAUGCCGGUGGUCAGGACCAGGAGCAGCUGGUGAAGUGGCUGUCAGAGACGGAUCUGCCCGUGGAUGAGCCGUGGCUGAAUUUUACGAGCACCAACGGUGAUGCGCUUGGCAUCGUGGAGGAGCCAUUGCCAUGGGACGGAGCAACAGAUUGGCUGCUUGACUACCAAGAUUUCGGCAUGUGCAGCUCGGACUUGAUCAACAGUACAACACUUCCAAGCUCAGAUGGAUCAAACUUCUGAAGAUCAGAGAAGACAGGCUGCGGGUGUGCGUGCACCGCGGUGUUCCUAGUAAUAAGACUGAAAAAAUACAGGCUUGAGGCGUAUUUAGGCCAUAGAAUAGUGAUAUCUUGCCCUUAAACUUAAGGGUUCUGUGUUGGUAGAACCAAAUGUUUCUCAGUAUGAGAAGUUGUAGGAGUACAGAGUCCAUUGCUCCAGACAUGCAAUACAUCCUAUGAGCCACUUUACUGUGAUUUGUGCAAGUUGAGGCUGUGCUUUGAAGCGACAGUGAGGUUUAUCUGA